AUGGGUUGUUGUGGUUUAACUUCUGAAUUUUGUGAUAAAGAUAAAAAAUGUUUUUCUAAUUGUGGAUAUGGUAAUUUACAUGGUGAUACAAGAGGUGAUUUAGAAAAUAUAGCUUAUUGGAUGGAUUCUGAUGGUUUAUUAGCUUAUGAUCCACAUAAGUUAGAUAAUGAAUAUUCUAGAGUACAUUAUGCAUUUGUUAAUAUAAAUUCUGAUUUUAGUAUAGACGAUAAUAGAUUUAGUCAAAGUGAAUUUUUGAAUAUAAAACCUAAAAAAAUUGCUAGCUUUGGUGGAAGAUUAGAACACAUAGUGACCAAAUUUCGUUUCUAG